AUGGGUGGAGGUGACUUGAACAUGAAAAAGUCUUGGCAUCCUCUCUUGAUGAAAAAUCAAGAGAGAGUAUGGAAAGAAGAAAGAAAAGCUGUAGAAGAACGUAAAAAGACAGUUCAAUUACAAAAAGAAUUAGCAGAAGAAAGACAAUUACAAGAAUUACAAAGAUUACAAGCUGAACAAGGUGGUGGUAGAAGAGAAGAAAGAGUAGAUUGGCUUUAUGCCACUCCUGCUACGGGAAAUGGGGUGAAUACAGAAGAACAAGAAGCUUAUUUAUUAGGAAAGAAAACGGUUGAUAAAUUGUUUAAAGAGAAAGAUGAAGCUGCUGCCAAGUUGGCUGCAAGAGCUAAUAAGGCGGAUCAAGAUAAACCUGGUGGAGGGUUUAUUUCACUUCAAAAUGCGAAUACGCUUAGAGAUACAGCAUCAAAGAUUAGAGAAGAUCCAUUAUUAGCAAUUAAACAACAAGAACAACUUGCAUUAGAAACAGCCAUGAAGAAUCCGAAUCGAUUGAAAGCUAUGAAACUUGAGAAAGCAUCUAAAGAAGAAAAAAAGAGAGAAAAAGAAUUGCGUAGGCUUGAGAAGGAAAAACGGAGGAGAGCGAAAGAGGAUCGCAAGGAUCGAAAGAGAGGAUACGAAGAUGAUCGAUAUGAUGAUAGGAAUGGUUAUCAUUCCAAAGGAUAUCAUUCAAGAGAACCUCUUGAUGUUCGUCAUCGUCGUUCGUCACCUGAUCGACAAGAUCGUAGACGAAGAUCUCCGUCUUUUGAUCAUCAUCACCGACGCUCUUUAUCUCCCGAACACUCCCACCGACGUUCUGCAUCUCCACCAAAUCGUGAAAGGUAUCAAAACAGAAACUCUAGAAGUCGAUCUCCACCACGAAGAAGACUAGUUCCUCAUUCAACCCAACCUAUCUCACCACCAAGGCGAGAUUACCCGAACAAACCUCAUUCCGGUAGAUCUUUUUCACCUAAACCUUCAUCACAAAGACCCCAAUCUCAGACAAUACCAAACCGAUCAACACCUUCAACCAAUUCCAAACUCUCGGAAUCCAAAGCAGCCAAACUAGCAGCAAUGCAAGCAAAUGCUCAAAGUUUGAAUCAAUCAAGAUCACAAAGAUUAAAAGAGUUAGAACAAGAAGAUUUAGAGAGAUUGAAAGUUGAAGAAAUUGAAAGAGAAAAGAAUCGAAUUAAAUCAGGUGGGAUUGGGGAUGGGACUAGAGCUAAAUUUGUUAGAGAUCAAGAAAAGAAAGUGUUUUUUGGUGAAAUGGAUUUGGGUGAACGUGUUAAAAGGAGUGGUGGGGUUGGAAUGAUGAAAGAUGCGGAAUGAUUUUAGUGUUUAUGCUUUGAACUUUAUCUUACUAUGUUUAGGCGACCAUGUCAUGAAGGUUAAGGAAGGGUAAGUGUUGUGUUGCUCACUUGUAUAAGUAGAUCUUGUGGAGGUUAUUGUAAUUAUACAUGCUUUAUUCACUUGGACUCGUGAUAAUCAGAUGAUGGAAGUUGUAGAUUUUUUUACGAUGCUUUGAUUUGAUCU